AUGCAAUCAGAAAAGAUUUUAUCUGUAGCAUCUUCAAGCAAAUCUACCGUUCCUAAAUCAAAGAAAAAGCAAAAUGUUAUAGAUAGAGAAAGAGCUAUACUUAAUAUACUUGCUAAAAUUGAUCGUUCAAAAGAAGUUGACCUUUGUUACGUUUUAGACUGUUCUAUGGGAAGUUAUAUCGCUGCUGCCAAAAAAUGCAUUUUACAGGUUACAGAGCACAUUAAGAAUACAAAUCCAUGUAUUAAAGUUCGUAUCGGUUUUUGUGGCUAUCGCGACUAUAGGGACAACCCUAAGAUAGAAAUCUUUGAUUUUACAAACUCUUUUGAAAAAUUUCAACAAAAUUUGGCUAAAGUAACAGCUAUUGGUGGUGGUGAUGCCCCAGAGGAUGUUUUUGGAGGUCUUAAUUCUGCUAUAACUCGAUUAUCUUGGAAUGAUUGUACUAGAGUUCUACUACAUAUUGGUGAUUGUCCACCACAUGGACGACGUUUUACUAAUUUAUUAGAUGAUUAUCCAAAUGGAGAUCCAAACGGUUUAACUGCUGAAAGUGUAUUAGAAAAAAUGAAAUCAGAAAAAAUUCUCUACUUUUUUGGAAAAAUUACGGAAUAUACUGAUGAAAUGAUUCGAAUAUUUCACAGUAUAAUUGGUGAUUUUCCUGUAUUUGAUCUUGAAGGAGGUGAUCCAACGCAAUUAAUUAAUAAAUUUAUCAAGGCUACCACAUCAUCCAUUAUAUCUUCUGUUUCACUAGCCAGCACCAUUGGAAGUAGAGUGGGAGAUGUGUAUUCUUCUCGACAAAAAAUUUUUACUGACCCUAAAGUACCUGAUUGGAGCACUCUUUCAUCGCAAACCGGAGAAAUAUUGAAUUAUCAUAUUCUUAAAUCUCUAGAUGAACUUAAAGAUCAAAGAUUCUUCGGAAAGGAGAAACUCUAUACCCGAAAGUUUUCUUUUAAAAUUGCACCACGCCUGUUUUCAACAGGUGUUGAAAAACGAGCAUAUUUUGCCACUAGUGCAAUUAACAGACCAUCAGAAACAAUGGUGAUGAAAAAAUACAUUCAAAUUAUUUCAGAUGAUAUUUUUAAAAAAUAUCUUGAAGCUAUAGAAAUCUCUGCUGUAGCGAAUUAUCUUUCAAAAAAAUUUAAUUUAAUUGCAAAAACAAAAAAAAUUUCACCAGUAAAUUUCCUUCGUGCAAAAUUAGUGCGUUUAAUCAUUAAUAACAGAACUAAUUAUUAUAUUCUAGAAGAAGAACUUUGUGGUGCAGAGUUUAAGCGAUUCAAUACAAAUAGUGGGAUAAUUACAUUAUCUCGUCCUACUCUUGAAGCAUUUUCACAUUUUACAUAUGAACAUACUAAAGGAUAUUUAGUCGUUUGUGAUCUUCAAGGAAUUGAACUUAAAGAUCAGUUCUUAUUAACUGAUCCGGCGAUACAUUGUGCUGAUAAUUCAAGAUUUGGACAUACAAAUUUAGGCCAAGAAGGAAUUGCUAGGUGUUUUUUAGCAAAUCAUAAAUGUAAUGAAAUUUGUAAAAAGUUAGGUUUAGAACUUGUAUCCAAUUAA